GCCCUUUCCUCGCGAACCGGUCCAUUUGAGGUGUUCUUGGAAGGUUCUCCCGCGUCAGGGAGUAGUUGGUGCCAUCGUCGUCGCCGCUCGCUAGCUAAGCUAGGAUACCUGCACACGCACACGCGGCCAGCAUAUCUAUCUACUAUCCGUCACAAGAAAGAGGAAGAGUUCACGAGCAAAGAGCAAGAGCCUAGAGCGAUGAUGGGGGGCGAUCAUGGCGGCGGGAAGCUGGUGAAGAGCCUGCGAGGAGCGGCGCAGAAGUACGUCGGCGUGGCCUUCUUCCUCGGCUUCUUCCUCGUCCUCCUCACCUACUUCACCCUCUCCGAGCAGUUCGCCAUCGCUGCGCCCAACGCUAUCCGGAGGACCUCCCCGGCGAGCCCCACGCCGGCCACCCCUGCCGUGGCAGAGAGGACGCCGACGCAACUCCCCGUCAAAGAGGAGGAAGCACCCAAGCCAGAGCAUGAGCAAGUACAAGAGAAGCCCCCACCUGUUGACGAAACUGAAGGCCACACACAAACAGAGGAAUCCCCGACACAAACAGAGCAGGACCAGCCGCCUAUCGAUGACGGCGGUAGCAGCAGGUUGACCGUUCCGGCGGCGGAGGAGAGCGCACCGGCGAAGAAGCCGGCGUGCGACAUCCAGGGGCCCUGGGCGUCCGACGUGUGCGACGUCUCCGUCAACGUCCGCAUCCACGGCUCGGAGCGCACGGUGCUGAUCCCGCCCACCAUCGAGUCCGGCGGCAGCAACCCGAACCCGCAGUCGUGGAGCAUCGUCCCCUACUCGCGGAAGCACCAAGCCGGCAUGAACGUGGUCACCGUGCGGGAGCUGGCCACGGCGGCGGAGGCGCCGGCCUGCGCCGUGACGUCGCAGGUUCCCGCGCUGGUGGUCGCCAUGGGCGGGCUGACGGGCAACUACUGGCACGACUUCAGCGACAUCAUGAUCCCGCUCUACCUCCAGGCGAUCCGCUUCGACGGCGAGGUGCAGCUGGUGGUGACCAACAUCCAGCGCUGGUACGUCGGCAAGUACCGGCACAUCCUGGCGCGGCUGUCGCGGUACGAGGUGGUGGACAUGGAUAAAGAUGAUCAAAUCCGGUGCUUCCCGGGCGCCGUGGUGGGCAUCCGGAUGCACAAGGAGUUCAGCAUCGACCCGGAGAAGGAGCCCACGGGGCACUCCAUGCCGGAGUUCACCAAGUUCCUGCGCACCGUCUUCGCGCUGCCCCGCGCCGCGCCGGUGCGGGUGGUGGACGGGAGCGAGAAGAAGCCGAGGAUGAUGAUCAUCUCGCGGCGGCACCCGAGGAAGCUGCUGAACGUGGCGGAGGUGACGGCGCUGGCGGAGCGGGUCGGGUUCGAGGUGGUGAUCGGGGACCCGCCGUUCAACGUGGACGUGGGCGACUUCGCGCGGGAGGUGAACGGCGCCGACGUGCUGGUGGGCGUGCACGGCGCCGGGCUGACCAACUCGCUGUUCCUGCCGACGGGGGCGGUGUUCAUCCAGGUGGUGCCGUACGGCAAGAUGGAGCACAUCGGGGAGGUCGACUUCGGGGUGCCGGCGGUGGACAUGGGCUUGAAGUACAUGGCCUACUCCUGCGGCGUGGAGGAGAGCUCGCUGGUGGACACGCUCGGCAGGGAUCACCCCGCCGUGAAGGAUCCGGAGUCGGUUCACCGGAGCGGGUGGAACAAGGUGGCGGAGUACUACCUCGGAAGGCAGGAUGUGAAGCUCGAUCUUGAACGGUUCGAGCCCGUGCUGCUCAAGGCCAUGGCAAUGCUCAGGGAGUAACCGGCGAUGAUCGAGCUAUGUAACAUUGGUUGAUUCGUAUACUAGCUUAGAGCAGCCCCAUUUUCUUCUCAUUUCUCCCUAUUAAUUCACUUUUUUUUUUUGGAGUUCUUUUAAAGGGAUGGAUCAGUUUGACCAAAAGGUUUAUACAGUAUAUACUUGUUCCGUUUUGUGCUC